CUCAAGAAAAAACAAACAAAAAGAUCUGCGAUCGGUGUAUAAUUUAUAAAUAUUUAGAAUGUGGAAUAAAUUGCAGGACUCGCCCCCGUUUUAUCUGCAAUUUUCACAGACCAAUGGCUACGAGAUAUCAAUAACCGAUUACAUUACGUUAUACACUGUUAAUAUUUUGGAGAAUGAAUUUAUCACAAUAUUGAAGGAAAGUAAUCCAAAACUGGAAAUAACUGACAAGGAGUUGAUGGAUAAUGGAGUUGACAUGCUUUCAAACCUAGAGAAUAUCAAAGACUUGAGAAUAAACACUGCAGAUGGACAUUUAAAACUUUAUAUAUGCAAGUUUUUUGUUUAUCCAUUUAGACUGAAUUUAACAUUACAUGAAGCUCCCAAAGAAAUUUUUUUCCAGAAAGUUACUCAGCAUCUUCUCAGGACUAUUAUAGAGCUUCGAACUAUUGAACAGAAAUUGCGAGAAUCUUUAAAAAAGAAAGAUGAAGAAAUAGACAAGUAUAAUAUGAAAGGAUAUAAAAUAGAAAAAUAUAGAAGAACAACAGUAUUUAAUGAAGAGGAACAUUUGAAAAUGCAUGAAGUUUUUAAAAAAAAUGGUGUUGUGCCACAAGAUAUUCCUAUCAGUUUACUCGAGAAAAAAGGGGAAAAUAAAGAAAGCAUUCUUCACAUGAAACAAGAGACAAAUGGUAUUCAUGAUGUUCAAGUUAAACAAGAAGCAACCACAUCAGAAGCAACAGUGGAAGCCAACACUAUACAAAAUAUACCAAAAAUUGAUAUCAAAGAAGAUAUAAAACGUGAACUGCAAAAUAAUAUUAGUCCGUUGAAGAAACGGAAAAAAGAGUUGAAUUUGUAGCAUUCAUAAUGGUAUUUAAGAUUUUUUUGUACUUAAAGGUAAAAUUACCUUAAGAUUCUUUUUCUAUGUGAUAA